AUGGCAAUUGAACAAAAAUGGUGGCCAUGGAACCCAUCACUAUUUAAUCAAUAUCGCAUCCGUAUUGCAAAUGAAUUACAUCUUGCUCAACGUCGUGAACAUAGUAAACAAUUACGUCAUCAAAUCGAUUGCGUCGAACAUGAUAUCACUGAAAUACUUCGACAGAUAACACCCGUUGAUGUUUCUCAAAUCGAUCAAAAUUUAAUUUCAUGUAUUGCCUUGUGUCAAACUGAACAAAAAAAAGUUCGAAGAGAAUACUAUCGAGUUAAGAAACAAUUAAUUCGUCUUAGACCAAAACUUCUUAUCGGUGAUGCUUACUUUCAUCCAUGUUACAAUGAAAGUUUAAUUAAAACUCAACCUGUAAAUAAUAAAAAACAGCGAAAACGAUUGAAAUUAACUAUCGAACAACAAUGGAGAAAAGGUAUCGGAGAUGCUUAUCGAAACUUACAAAUUCAACGUGAUCAAGAAGAAUUAUUAUCUAAACGUAAUCAAUCUGUAAAUAUUUCAAUACCUAUCAUUCAUGAUUAUCUUCUCAAUGAACCACCUCCAAUUAUAACAGAGAAUAUAGUUGAUGAGAUUCAAGAACAUGAAUUUGUUCGACCUUUACUACCACCAACUCCAGCUGAUGAUAUUAUUAUUCCAUUUCAUACACCACCACCUAUUCCGUGUCGUUUAAUGCCAACGGAUCAACUUCAUCUAGCGGUUGAUGAUACGAUUGUAAAACCACAUCGUCUAGUCAAUAAAACAUUAGGAAAUAUUAGCCAUAUGUCAUUUAAUAUUGAUCCUGAUCAAUGUUCAUCACCGAAACCAGAAGAUAGAAAAAAGAAAACUAAAUUUAAAAAGUUAAUGUUACCACCACCACCUCCGCCACCUUUAUUUAGUUCAACUGGUAUUUUUGAUACACAUGCAUUUUUUACUCAGACAAACACGAAAACAAAGAAACAAAAGAAAAAAAUUGAUAUUGCACGCCAACCUAUUAUAAUGGCAUCGGCUGACAAACAAAAGAAAAAAACUCGGACGAAAAAAUUGAGUACUUAUGAUUUUCAAGAUGAUGAUACUAGCACAUCAUCACGGUCUAAAGGUUCAAAACUAUUAACCGAUGAUAUAAUAACAGCUCGUUUUGCUAAAAAUAGUCAUUAUCAAAGCCAUCAAACAUCGAUGGCAAGCACUAAAUCAUCAAAAUCGAAUGAACGAGACCAUAAGAAGCAAAAGAAAAACAACAAUAAGAAGAAGAACAUCUUAGGUAUCGGUGCAUCAAGUCCAUUGAUAUCAUCAACAAAUUUGACAUUAUCACCCGGUCGAUUAUCAACGGAUGACGAUUAUGAAAUGAAAUCAUCAUUAUCAAGAUGUCAUAAUCGAACAAAAACGAUCAAUAAAAGUAAACGAACACGUGUAAAAUAA